AGAGAUCGCCUUUGGAUGCCUUAGCGGCCCUAGUGUUGGCGCCAUGUGCGGCAAGCAUGGCAAGCCCUCGAGUGCGGGGUCUUCGUGCGGCUACACGGUGGUUGCUACUGGACACUCGCAAUUUGCGUCUGUCUGGCAAGGCAAUGGCGUGUCUGCUUGCACCGCCAUUUGCUUGAAGGUGGCCCGCUCUCUCUUGCUGGAGCUGGGUGGGGAUCUCACUGCCUUUGGCCCCACCAUGGACCGGUGCAUGCAGGAGGCGCUCCAGGCCUACGAGGCCUGCGGCUUCAGCGCGGGGUCCGCGGUGCCGGAGCUGCUGGCGUGCCCGGCCUUCGCGGAGCUUCAGCCGCUGAGCCCCAUCCGGGGCCGGGUGCAGGACGUUCGGCAGUCUCUGUCCGAGCUGCGCCUGGAAUCUUCGAGGCCCAUGGCAGCGAUCAUUACAAAGCCUCCAGAAAGUGUUUUGAUAGUGCUGGAUGCGGACCCAGCCCGCGUGUUCCUCUACGACUCGCACCCCCGCCCACAGUUCAACAUGGAGCACAGCUAUUUGGCGCAGUUUUCGAACUUGAGCCAGCUUGCCGCAUUCCUGGAGGAGCUGUUCCCGGUCUCAGACGUCGGUGGGCUGCAGGGGGAGAUGUUGAACCAACUGGAAGCGUACCCCUUCGUUCUGCGGCUUGCCGAAGGUGCGUCCGAGUCCAGCCCGAGCCGAGCCAGUGCUGACAUGCAAUCUUUGCAGUGCCCCAUCACGAGAGAGCUCAUGGCCGACCCCGUCCUGGCGAGUGAUGGGUACACCUACGAGCGGCAGAGCAUCCAGCAGCACUGGGAGAAUCAGCUGCAAGGACAGGUGGCCUCUGAUUCGGAGGCCGACUGCGGGGCCGCGCCCCGGCACCGUACCCGCAGCAGCCCCAUCACCGGGGAGGAGGUGGAUGGGACCUUGCGCGUGAACCGCGUGGUGCUGGACUUGAUCCGCAGCGCCAGCGAGGAGGGCCGCAUCCCGGCAGGAGCUCGCAGAGAUUGGGAGACGAGGCGAGGAGAAGCAGAGAAGGCAGGCCGUGAGAGGCUGCAGGCGGAGGUGCCGCCAGAAAUGUCCAUGACGAUUCUGCCGACCUCAAGCUUUCAAGCCACAGCUCCGCCAAUGUAUGCGCGCUCGGCCGAGCACGUGCGGCUGGUGUGCAAUGCUGAUCCGCCACGCUGGGGGGUUGCUGCCAAGGUGCAGCUGGCGAACACUGGCUUGGCCUGCGACUUUGUGGAGGGCGGGCUUUGGGCCCCCAACUUCGUCUUCACUGCGUGCAUGGUGCCCGGCUGCGGGGCAGCUUUCGGACUGCUGAGGCGAAGGCACCACUGCCGCCGCUGCGGGCGGUUGGUUUGCAGCACGUGCGCCCCCCACUGCGCCACCAACUUCGAGGAGUUGGGCCAGGAUGAGGCGAAGAAGGCGAGGAUCUGUGGCGAGUGCGUGGAGGACAUGUUGGACCGCCUGGAGCGGCGGCGUUUGAGCGCCGGCGAGCUGCAGCAGGUCAUGGUGCUGGACGCGCGCCUGGAGCAGUGGGCGGCCAUGCAAUGCGCGAAGCACCGCGCCGCCGUGCGCGCCGCGCUGGGCCCGCGCCUGGAGGCGCGCUUGGCGCGCGGGGCAGGCGGAGCGGGCGCGCCGCGCUCGGAUUCGCUCGCUCCCGGGCAAGUGGAGCGGCAGCGGAGCGAGGAGCGGGCCAGGGAGCUGGGGAGGGAGAUCGAACGGCUGAACCAGGUGGAUGCAUCCCGGAUGGACGAAGAAAGGCAGCUGCAGCAUGUGCAACAGCUUUCGCUGGUAGAGGCGGAGUUGGAGAGCCUGCAAGUGGAGCUGGCUACCGUGCUUUCUGCAGAAAGCAUUGGGCUGAGCCCGGGUGGGGUUGGCAUCUCCACGUCUCCGGAGCCGUUGGAUGCCGAGCUAGUGGCUAUGCGUCAGAGAUGGGAGCACUUGCUGCAGAGGGACCUCCAGAGCUUGGGCAACGAGGUAGGGACCGGCAACAAACCUCAGUGCCGGCUGGACCAAAAAUCUCAAAACGGUUCUUUUUUUCCAGGCAGCGGACUUGCACUUGGGAAACCCGACCAGGAGGCCAUCGAGCACUUUGAAGAGAUUGCUGCCCUGCGGACUGCCAUGAAAUCUGCCGAGACUGGGGCCUUCACAAGGUCUCGGGCAGCCGCCGCGUCCAACGGGCUGAGUCAAGAGCCGGCGUCGAACGGGCUGAGUCAAGAGUCGCCCCCGGCCCCAGCCGCGCUGGACAUGGGCAGCUUUGUGUCCAGGGGCGCGGCCUUGCAGAGGUCGGACUGGCCGCUGCCCAUGGACUUGGAGGUCCCCGCGCCCUGGCCCACCGCCCGCAUGCGGAAGCGCGAGGAGAUGAUCUACCGAGAGCGGAGGCGCGAGGUGCUGCUGGUUCGAGAGCAGUUCGAGGUGAGAAUGGAGCACCUGGCACGUGCUCGAGAGAUGGAGCUGGCGCGGGAGAGGGAGAGGGAGCUGUUGAGGCAGCAAGAGGAGCAGCAGCGGCGUCAGGAGGAGGCCCUGGCCGAAGAGCGGCGUCAGCGCGCCCGGGAGCUGGAUGAGAUGGCUAGGGCAGCGGUGCACCGAAUGGUUGGGCAAGGCACUGCGCGGAUGUGCAGGAGAUGUCGAGCAGGGCCAAUCAUGAACGAUCACUGCGGCAACCUCGCGACACACAAUCGUGACCCGGGGCGUAGAAGGAAUGCAAACCAUUGCCCGCGCUGCGGCUGGUUUGACAAGCUUUGGCAGAACUGGCCGGAGUGGGAUGGAAUUUAUGGUGCCCACUAACUGCAUGUUAAUCCUGCACUGAACUCACUUUUCCUGGGUGCAUGUACAGCCUUGCGAGAACGCACGCAGAGCUGCUAGUGCUCGCGCUCGUUCCGUUGUGAUCAUGGCUUAGUAAGCGUCGGAAAGCC